CAGCUGAUCUCCCAGCCGUCAGUGGCGCUAGUCGUCGUGUCAUGUAUAUUCCCAGCGAGAGAAAGAGAGAGAGAGAGAGAGAGAGAGAGAGAGAGAGAGAGUGGGAGAGAGAGAGGGAGAAACAAAGACAGAGCUGGCAUUGUUGCCGUCGGAGAAGGGGCAAAUAAAAAAGAACCCGAAUGUUUGUGUGCUGUGUUUUUCUCCGUCUUGUUCUCGCUCGCUCGCCUGCGCCUGACGCACUUGCUGUGCACACAAAUACGUCUCCUCGCUAAUAACUAUGUUGUUCGUGUGAGAGAAACGAGUAGUAGUGUAUAUUGUGUUGUUGCAAUUAUGUUUGCAUAUAACACCACUUCUAAUCCCGAUCUAACUGAAAUUGGGAUCGUCGAGGAAGAAAUUAUCACUCACGAUAAAUUCUUGAGCAGUGGAUCUAUCGAAAAAAGACAUGACUUGUGUGAUGAGUUGGUCAACAUUUUGAACAAUGAAGUGGCGCUAGAAGUGCGAGGUAGCGAUUCUGAAGGCAUGAGUUGUAAUAGUUCGGUCUUCAGCUACGAUCACGACCGUGGUCACACGUCAACGAGAGACACCGAUUCUCCCAACUACGGAGAGGCAUUCACUCCUCCGACGCCAGGAAAACCAAAACGCAAACGCCGAAGGAAAGGCAGUCCGAGUCCCGAACCAAGAGUGGCUUCCUUGAAAUACAAGUGUCUAAAGUGCAAUAAACGCUACAAAACUUUCUACGCCAUCAACAAUCACGUGAAGAGUAAGUGUUGCGUUACCCUCAAACGUUAUUCCGGGAACAACAAAAUUCAGGUGUUGGUGAGCGAGGGCGACAAAUACGAUAUCAAGGAGAGCGAAAUCGCUGCCCAAAUCGACGAUCGUUCAAUCACCAAACUGACACUCUGUCCGAAAUGUGGCGAAGUAUGCGCAGACAUAAACGAAAUAGAUCAAUGCAAUCCACGCAAAGUCUUUCAAUGUUAUUGUCGCACGUUUAAGAGUCAUCAUAGGAACAACUUGAAAUUUCACAUUCAAACUGAGCAUCCUAUGUCAGAUCUCACCGAACAGGAACUGGACGACACUUUGAUGAGUUAUUGUUCGAUAGAAGAUUCUCACGAUAUUUACGAGCACAAGAUCGAUGUCCAGCCCAAAGAAAUUAUUAAUGACAAAAUCCAGAUUUACUGUCGUGGCUGCGACUCGGUACUCGACGCCGCUCGAGUGCACAGCAAGCGCAACAACUGCUACUACUGUGUGAAGCCAUUAUCCUAUCGCUGUGCGAAUUGCAAGCGUCAAUACUCGAACUCGAGCGCAGUGCACAACCAUUUACGCUACGAGUGCAAUAACCAGCCUCAAUUCGGCUGCCCGCACUGCGAGUAUCGUGCCAAGCAGAAAGGCAAUCUCUUGGCUCAUAUACAGAGGAAACAUACAGCUAAGGAGUGCGCUGGUUGUGGACUCAAGUUCAACGACAAUGUUUCCCUUAGGAUGCACAUGUCCACUCAAUGUCGGACCGAGACUAUGCUCAGAUGUCAACUUUGCACUUUUACUUGUAAUUUCAUCACGAAAAUGAAAGAGCACGUUAGGAUUGAACAUAAAUCGAGAUAUCAAUGUCGGCAAUGCGGUAAAAAAUAUAAGAAUUACAAGUCGUUGAAGAGCCACGAGAAUGCUUGUGGCUCAAAAGCUGACUUCCAGUGUGAGUAUUGCGAUUAUAAGACUACUUACAAGGUCAGGAUUCAGGCUCAUUUACAGACUCGUCAUCCUGAACUUGCUUAUGCUUAGUUGUAACGUACGAUAAGCACGGCGUUGAUUUGAAUAUUGAAAUCGUUUUCUUUUUUACGAGUAUUGAUUGGAACACAACGGUCAAAUAAUUAUUAAUUUACAAAAAGACAAAGAAAAAAAAAGAUAAAAAGCAAUUUCUAUGAACAUUGAUUGUGAAACUUGGUUGGUAUCCAACGAUUUUAUUUGAGUAGAGUGAUGAUUACAAAGCUCAAAAAUCAUUUAUUUUCAUGCGUUUUUUAUAUCUUUAUUAAGAUAAAGUUGAUCUAUAUGCUUCAUAUGUGAUUGUAACGUAUGCAACUAUAUCAAUGAAAUAUGAAACUUCAAUAGAUUAAAUAAUUAUGUCAAGAUGUUCGUAGAAUAAUUUUCUUGAUCAACUUUAAUUUAGCAAGAGACAUUCGACACAAAAAUCUCGCUUCAUUUAAUGAAACGGUGAAUCUGAGAAAAGAGAAUAGUUAUCAAUCAUAAGCGUGAAAAGGCACUUGUUUUUUUACACGUAUCCUCGGUGAAAUACGAAAUACUCUCUCUAAGAAUAUUAUAUUUUAAAGAAUGUAAAUGGUAAAAACGUUGGAAAUUUAAUAUAAUUUACUAAUUGGUUUUAUGGUGGUUAGUUUUUAAAUAUAAUAUAUAGAAUAUACUUACGGCAAUUUAUGAUAUUUUGCUAAAAGUGCAAGUUGUAUUGAUAUUAUAUUAUAUUGAAUGAUUUUUAAUAACAUUUUUUA